AUCUAGUUAAAAAUCAAAUUUCAUUUAUAAAACUAUUUUUGAUAUUAACGUACCUGGUAGUUAAUAAAUAUUAAUCCAAACAAAUAGCUAUGGAACACGAAGGAAGCCCCGUUGAACAUCGGCGUUCUGACAAGGACCGCAAAGAGAGGAGAAGGAGGCGAGACGAUGAACACGUUCACAAGAGAUACUGGGACAACGACUGGAGCCAUGAAAAAAGAACUGACAGGUCCCCGGAUGACCAAGAGGAAAGACACAAACGGAGACGUAGGGAACGAAGUCCCGGUGAGUGUGAAGACAGGAAUAGGCGAGAAAGAAGUCCGCACAUGACUGAAAGACACCGGCGAGACCGGAAUUCUCCCUUUAGUCGGUCUGAUAGGAGAAAUCGCAAGCGUACCAAGAGUUCACCCAGUGAGAUGCCAGAAGAGGGAGAAAUUCCUGACGGAGCUAAAAAGGACGAAAAGAAUAAAAUCCAGGAUGAGGAACUAGGUAAUAUUACUCGUGCUCAAAAAAGGACUGUAGACUUAUUAACUUCCAAGACCGGAGGUGCCUAUAUACCACCUGCGAAGCUGAAGCUGAUGCAGGCGGAGAUAACUGAUAAGUCAUCAGCAGCUUAUCAACGCAUUGCGUGGGAAGCUUUAAAAAAAUCUAUCCAUGGUCAUAUUAAUAAGGUCAAUACGUCUAACAUCGGUCUCAUCACCAGGGAGUUGCUGAGAGAGAAUGUUAUUCGAGGAAGAGGACUCUUAGCUAGGUCAAUAAUCCAAGCCCAAGUUGCUUCUCCGACAUUCACACCUAUUUAUGCGGCUCUGACGGCGAUUCUUAACUCGAAAUUCCCAAAUAUUGGAGAACUGAUCAUCCACAGACUGGUUAAACAGUUCAUACGAGGAUACAAAACUAAUAAUAAAUCUUUGUGUAUUUCUUCAGGAAGUUUCAUUGCACACUUAAUCAACCAGCGUGUUGUUCACGAGAUUAUCGUGUUGGAACUGUGGCACGUGUUGUUGAAAAAUCCCACUGAUGACUCCGUGGAAGUAGCUAUUGCUUUGUUAAAAGAAUGUGGUCAGAAGUUAACCGAAGUUUCCAAAGCUGGUAUUGUGGAAAUUUUUGAUCUAUUGAGGAAUAUUUUACACGAGGGAAAACUCGAUAAAAGAAUCCAGUACAUGAUUGAAGUUAUGUUCCAGAUACGUAAGGAUGGGUUCAAAGACCACGUGGCUGUCCCCAAGGAACUAGAUCUUGUGGAAGAGAAUGAUCAGAUAAUCCACGUCAUUCAGCUUCAAGAUAAGCACGACUCUGAAGAUAUUCUCAACGUAUUUAGAUUUGAUAGCGAAUAUAUUAGAAAUGAAGAGAAAUAUAAAGAGUUGCAGAAAGAAAUAUUGGGCUCUGACAACAGCGAUGCCAGUGGCGAGGAUGAGGAUAGUUCUGAGGAAGAUGACAGUGGUGACGAGGAAGACGCCGAGAAGAAAGACGUUAUAUUGGAUAAUACUGAGACUAAUUUGAAGGCUCUCAGGAGGACAAUUUAUUUGACGAUUCAUUCUUCUUUGGACUUUGAAGAGUGCGCGCACAAACUGAUGAAGAUGCAGCUGAAGCCCGGACAGGAGCGCGAGCUCUGUUACAUGUUCCUAGACUGCUGCAAAGAGAAUAGGACAUAUGAAAAAUUUUACGGAUUAUUAGCUGGUCGUUUCUGUGCAAUAAACAAAAUUUACGUCACUCCUUUUGAGGAGAUUUUUAAAGAAUCUUACGACACAAUUCACAGGCUGGACAUGAAUAAGCUGAGGAAUGUCGCCAAGUUCUUUGCCCAUCUGCUAAUUACAGAUUCUAUUUCGUGGGUGGUGCUCAGCUGCAUCAAGUUGAACGAAGAAGACACAACUCCUAGUAGCCGUGUGUUUAUAAAAAUUUUGUUCCAAGAGUUGUCUGAGUACAUGGGCGUGCCCAAAUUGAACAACAGAAUUAAAGAUGUCACAUUGCAAGAAGCCUUCGAAGGACUCUUUCCAAGGGAUACAGACAAGAAGACGAGGUUUGCUGUCAAUUUUUUUACUACCAUCGGGCUGGGAGGAUUGACAGAUGAUUUGAGAGAGCAUUUGAAGUCUCGGCCCAAGGUCUUGGCUGCUCCUCCGCCUGAAAUAUUGGAGACUUUGAAGACGCCUAGUUCCUCUAGCUCAUCGUCAUCCUCGACGUCGUCUUCGUCCUCUGACUCAGGGUCCAGUUCAGAUUCUUCAUCGUCGUCGUCAUCAUCAUCGUCAUCGUCAUCAGAGGAGGAAAAGAAGAAAAAAAAAAAGAAGGCAAAACGUCGGGAGAAGGCGAAAGAGAUGGAAAAAAAAUCAGAGAAAAAAAUAAAAAAAAAAAAACAAGAAAAAGAAAAAAAAUUAUUAAAAAAGAAAAAAAGUAGAAAGUAACAAGUUGUUAAUAAU